UGUCCCUCCCGGCUCCCCGUCGCGGGCCAGGCGGGCUUCCUGCUUCCGAGGCCAUAUAAAAGCGGCUUCCGGUGCCGCUGCCCGGCUCUUCUUUGGCUCUUCUCCGCCUCCACCAUGAGCAGCUUCCCAGGGUUAAGCCUGAAGAAAGCUGAAGCUUUCACCCUCAGCCUGAAAGCGGAGCCGCGGUACCACUUGGCCCAAAAUGUGGCCACCUGUGCGGAUCCGCUGGAGCUGUGCCUGGAGCGGAGCGUGGUGCAAGACACCCUCCAGGUGUUCCAACACGCCAUACCUGCCGAGGGCAAACCCGUCACCAACCAGAAGAACUCAGGCCGCUGCUGGAUCUUCUCCUGCCUGAACGUGAUGCGCCUUCCAUUCAUGAAGAAGCUCAACAUCGAGGAGUUUGAGUUCAGCCAGGCCCAUCUCUUCUUCUGGGAUAAGGUGGAGCGCUGUUACUAUUUCCUGGACGCUUAUGUGAAGACGGCGAAGAAUGAGCCUGUGGACAGCCGGCUGGUGCAGUUCCUGCUGGCCAAUCCUUGCAGCGACGGCGGACAAUGGGAUAUGCUGGUCAACCUAAUUGAGAAACAUGGCGUCGUGCCCAAGAAACUUUUCCCCGAGUCCUUCACCACCGAGGCUUCCAGGCGGAUGAACGAGAUCCUGAACUACAAGAUGCGGGAGUAUUGCCACCGGCUACGCAACAUGGUGGAGACCGGAUGCAACGAGGAUGAGCUCUGUGCGGCCAAGGACGCCAUGAUUGAAGAGGUCUUCAGAGUGGUCACCAUCUGCCUGGGCAGCCCCCCAAAGACGUUCACUUGGGAGUAUUACGACAAAGAGAAGAAUUACCACAAAAUCGGCCCCAUCUCCCCUCUGGACUUCUAUAAGGAGCACGUCAAGCCCCUCUUUGACAUGGAGAGCAAGGUCUGCCUAGUGAACGACCCUCGGCCCAAGAACGAGUACAACCGGCUCUACACGGUGGAGUAUUUGGGGAACAUGGUUGGUGGGAGGAAGACCCUCUACAACAACCAGCCCAUCGACCUGCUCAAGAGAGUGGCGGCGGCAUCCAUUCGUGAUGGAGAGGCAGUUUGGUUCGGAUGUGACGUCGGGAAGCACUUCAACAGCAAACUGGGCAUCAAUGACAUCAAUAUAUUUAAUCAUGAGCUGCUCUUCGGUGUAUCGGUCAAGACAUUGAAGAAGGACGAACGCCUCAUCUUUGGGGACUCCAUGAUGACUCACGCCAUGGUCCUGACCGCCUUCAGCGAGGAGGAAGACAAAGAGGGCAGCUUUGAAAAAUGGCGUGUGGAGAACUCCUGGGGUGAAGAACGUGGAAACAAAGGUUACCUCAUCAUGACGGACGAGUGGUUCUCGGAGUACGUCUACGAGGUGGUGGUGGACCGGAAGCACGUGCCGGAGGAGGUCCUGGAGGUCUUGCGCCAGGAGCCCAUCGUCCUGCCGGCCUGGGAUCCCAUGGGGGCGCUGGCCAAGUGAACUUGGGCGGGAGGGAAAGGCGCGGGAGUCCUUCUGGUCGGCUUUGACGCAACCGUAGUGUGUGUAUGUUAUGUGUGGGAAGGGAACCGGGAGCCAAAGUCCCUCUGCCGGGACGUCCGUGGAAGAGUGGGAUUUCAGGCUUCUUUUGAAGGAACGGGGACGGAGCGAUGCCGCAACCACGUACGCUUUCCCUUUGUAGUACGGCCCACCUUCCUUUGCAGAACAAAGAAACCCUUCUUUGAAA